AUGACCUCCUCGACAAAACCGAAACCUUUUCACGUCGCCAUUGUCGGCGGCGGGAUUGCUGGCUUGACUCUGGCCAUUGCCCUCCAUCACCGCGACAUCUCCGUCAAAAUCUACGAGCAAGCCCAUGCCUUUGCUGAGGUCGGCGCUGGCGUCUCCUUCGGCCCUAAUGCUGUCGAGGCAAUGAAGCUCUGCCACGGCGGAAUCCACGACGCAUUUAAGAAAGUAUGUACGCGGAAUCUUUGGCCAGAGAAGGAGAAGGUGUGGUUCGACUACCUGGACGGGUACACACAUAAUGAAGACGAGUACAACGCAGCCUCGGGUGGGAAAGAGAGCAAGAGGCAGAACAUUGCAUUCACAAUAACAAACAGUAUUGGGCAAACGGGCGUCCACCGCGCUCAUUUCCUGGACGAGCUGGUCAACCUGGUGCCAGGGGAGAUUGCGCAGUUCAACAAGCGGCUUGAGAACAUAACGGAACGGGAGAGCGACGGGAAGCUCAUGCUGAAGUUUGCGGACGGAGGGGAGGACGAGGCGGAUGUGGUUAUCGGAUGCGAUGGGAUCAAGUCCAGGGUGCGGCAGAUCCUCGUUGGGGAGGACCAUCCCUCUGCGCAUCCAUCGUUCACGCACAAGUAUGCCUACCGCGGGCUGGUCCCGAUGGACAAGGCGAUUGAAGCGAUUGGAGAGGAGCUCGCGUCCAACUCAUGCAUGCAUAUGGGCCCGAACAACCACAUGCUCACAUUCCCCGUCAACGGCGGCAAAACACUCAACAUCGUGGCCUUCCACACAACCCCAGACCCGUGGUCCGAUUACACCCGCCUAACCCGCGACGGCACCCGCGAAGAAGCCCUCCGCGACUUCGCCGGCUAUGGUCCCAACGUCACUAAGCUCCUCAAACUCUGCGAACCCAAGCUCAGCAUCUGGGCAAUCUUCGACCUAGGCAUCCACCCCGUCCCAACAUUCCACAAACGCCGCAUCGCCAUCUCCGGCGACGCCGCCCACGCCACAUCCCCGCACCACGGCGCCGGCGCUGGCUUCUGCCUCGAGGACACCGCCGUCCUCGCAACGCUCCUGUCCGACCCGCGCGUGCAAUCCCACAGCGACCUCGAGACCGUCCUGGCCGUCUUCGACGCCAGCCGCCGCGAGCGCACGCAGUGGCUUGUGCAGAGCAGUAGGUUUAUCGGCGACUGCUAUGAGUGGCGGGCGGAGGGCGUUGGCCGGGACUUCAAGAAGAUCGAGGAGGCGAUUAAGACCAGAAAUGGCAUCAUCACGGACGUGGAUGUUGCGGGGAUGUGUAAGGAGGCGGCGGAGAUGUUGGGGAAGAGAUUGGAGGGGAGGGCGUCGCUUUGA